UAGGUUCCUGGGUCCAGAGCCUGGCACUCAGGCCUGGGUGGAUGCCUGUCCACUUCUGCUUUCCCUGGCUCUCAGAGGCCUAGGCCUGGGGUGCCACUGCGGUCGCCUGCUUGCACACGACCGACCGGGCGCUGGACGCCUCUGGCUUCUUGCACUGCACUCCGGGGAGGCUGGAGUUUAAUCACACAGUGUCCGGCUUCCUGUCCUCGUUCGCCCCCCUCCGGCCCGCUUCCCUGGCCCCUCCCUCUCCCCUGGCCCGAUCCGCCCACCAGCUCCCCCUCCCCAUCCCUUGGGUCCUGGGAUGGGGGGGCGGUGAGGCAGGCACAGCCCCCGGCCCCCAUGGCCGCCCGUCGGAGCCAGAGGCGGAGGGGGCGCCGGGGGGAGCCGGGCACCGCCCUGCUGGCCCCGCUGGUGCUGAGCCUGGGCCUGGCGCUGGCCUGCCUUGGCCUCCUGCUGGUCGUGGUCAGCCUGGGGAGCUGGGCAACGCUGUCUGCCCAGGAGCCUUCUCAGGAGGAGCUGACAGCAGACGACCACCAGGAGCCCGCUGAACUGAAUCCCCAGACAGAGGGAAGCCAGGAUGUGGUGCCUUUCUUGGAACGACUAGUCCGGCAUCGAAGAAGCGCUCCUAAAGGCCGGAAACCGCGGGCUCGCAAAGCUAUUGCCGCACAUUAUGAAGUUCAUCCACGGCCAGGACAGGAUGGAGCGCAGGCAGGUGUCGAUGGGACCGUGAGUGGCUGGGAAGAGGCCAAGAUCAACAGCUCCAGCCCUCUGCGCUACGACCGCCAGAUCGGGGAAUUUACAGUCAUCAAGACUGGGCUCUACUACCUAUACUGUCAGGUGCACUUCGAUGAGGGGAAGGCUGUCUAUCUGAAGCUGGACUUGCUGGUGAAUGACGCGCUGGCCUUGCGCUGUCUGGAGGAGUUCUCAGCCACAGCAGCAAGCUCCCCUGGACCCCAGCUUCGGCUGUGCCAGGUGUCUGGGCUGCUGGCCCUCCAGUCAGGGUCUUCCCUUCGGAUCCGUACUCUGCCCUGGGCUCAUCUUAAGGCUGCCCCCUUCCUCACCUACUUUGGACUCUUUCAAGUUCACUGAGGGGUCCUGCUCUCCAAGACUCCCUGUACCCACACAGCUCCCGGAGCACCGCGACCCCCCCCGACCCUGAGCUCCGGUCCCGUCCUCUCCUCUAAAGGCAGCCGGGGCUUGUUCACGUGUUUUCCAUCCCACCGAAACAUUCCUGUUCUUCCUUAACACCCCAUCCCACCCCAGCUGUCCACCUCCCUAGCUCCCAGAGCCCCACUUGUCCCCGAUCGCCCCCACCCCCGGCCCCCAGGACACUGUGUUUACUGACUGUGCAUCAGGCACUGAGAUGGGCUGGACCUGGCAGCAGGAAGCAAAGAGCCUGGGACUGGGCCAGAAGUUCCCAAAUGUGAGGGCUAAGAGCCUUAGACAAGCCCCUCCCUGGAUCCCUGUGGAUUUUGAAAAGAUACUAUUUUUAUUAUUAUUGUGACAAAAUGUUAAAUGGAUAUUAAAGAGAAUAAAUCAUGA